AUGUCGCCGACGCCGACCAUCAAGGGGAAGAAGAGUCGCAUGGUGACCCUCUCAUUGCCUUCCUCCCUCCUGUCACGCUUCCAAUCCACACCACCCGUCACCACCAAGGAAGAAGUGGUCCAGCCACCAACUCAACAGCCAUCCCCGUCAUCAGCAGAGACCAAGUCAGAAGCGAAUGCGACUCCUGUACCUAGUCAAGAUGCCGCAGCAACAGCAGCACCAAAAGUCGACCGAAGACGGAAACGAGCACCUCCCUCCAUCAAUCCCAACACGAUGAUGCGCGAGCGCGCCCGUCCAGGGCCUAAGAAGAAGCCGAGACUAGCGGAUGGUACAAUCGACCAUACAACUUCAUCCACAACCGCUGCUUCUCGGCCCAACGGUGCCGCCAUCCCUGCUCACCGUCUCGGUCCCAAAGCCAACACAGGCGCCAUCAAUGCCGGCCUGCGCGCGCUGGAUCGCACAGGCAAGCCAUGUCGGAAGUGGGAGAGGAAGGGGUUGACACUCAAGAGCUUCACGGGCACGAUUUGGGAUCUGGCUAGUUGGAAGGCACCGCCCAAGGAGGGAAAGAGUAAUGAAGGAAGUGUCGAGGAUAAGAGCGUUGUGGAAAGCAGCCGGGUGGGAAGUGAGAGGGGAAGUAGUCGCGGAGAGAGGGAGGGUAAUACGAUGAUGACGAUGGGGAGUUCGCCGGGGAUUGCCGUGUGA